CUCUAUCAUGAGGUGCGACAUUGAUAUCAGGAAGGACCUGUUCGCCAACAAAGUUCUUUCUGGUGGUACCACCAUGUUCCUUGGUAUUGCUGACCGCCUGCAGAAAGAAAUCACUGCUCUGGCUCCCUCCACCACCAAGAUCAAGAUCAUUGCUCCUCCCGAGCGCAAGUACUCCGUCUGGAUCGGUGGCUCCAUCCUGGCCUCUUUGUCCACUUUCCAGACCAUGUGGAUCACCAAGGAGGGGUAG